AUGGAAUGGGUUAGAAACACUGGACGUAGUCUUGGUUACGCUAUUGUGACUAAAAGAUCGAAAGCUAAAAAUGGCUACGUGUCUAAAGUUGUACUUAUGUGUGAUCGUGGUGGUGUGUAUAAAUCAGAUAAAGAUUCAAGUAGAGAGACCGGCACUAGAAAGAUAAAUUGCCCGUUUGAAAUGGUAGCGAAAUUUUCAAAAAAGAAUGGUUCUUGGACGUUAAAAGUAAAACCUGGUGAGCAUAAUCAUCCACCCGGAGAAUAUAUGGAGGGACACCCAAUCCUCAAACGAUUGACACCUAAUGAACACCAAUUGGUGGCAGAGUUGACGGGGAAGCCAUUACCCCCGGCGUAUGCCAGGAAAUACUUGGAAACCAGCAGCAGCAGCAGCAACAUGAAGAAACAAAUGGUUGUUGUUCUGAAAAUCAAAUCUGGUGUGAAAUGGAGUGUGACAUACUCAAAGAUGAGAGACAAAUACUACUUCAUGGAUGGGUGGCUCAAGUUCAUGAAGGACAAUCGUCUUCAAAUGGGUGUCUUUCUUGUCUUUUGGCGUCUGUCACCUUCAGUCUUUGAAGUUUCUGUGUACGGACCAAAUGGUUGUCUUAAACAACCAACUGUCUCUCAUGUAAGUAAUCGGAAGACACCCUUUGUUAACGAAGAUGAUAAUGAUUCAUCUGAGAACGUGCAGCAGAAGAAGAUGAUAAGUGUUGUCAAGAGAUCUUACCUUCAUAAAAUGCCGUUGAAGAAGCUUUUCGUAGAAGCGACCGGAAUCAAGGGGUACUGCAGCUUGCAGUUGAGGAACGACGAGGGAAAGAUAUGGAACGUUAAGCUAAAUCUUUAUAAGUAUGGAUUGAACCGAUUUAUGCAGAUAAGUACAGGGUGGCAUGAUUUUAGAAAACAUAACAAGAUGGAGACCGGAGACACAUGUGAGUUUUAUCAUGUCAAAUCCAACCUGCUUCAUGUUCGUGUGCUUACUGCCAAACGAGGGAACAUGCAUCAAGCAAAGUUGAUCUAA